AACAGCUCUAGAUUUUAUUGCCAUCGCUAAUAUUUACUGUGAGUUUGGUUUGUGGUGCGCUAAAUUGCGGAAUUCGUUUACGUUUUUACGUUAAACAGAUUUUGUUUAAAAGUUUGUGAUUUAACAAAUUGGCAUUAAAAAAAAAACCAAUUAGACGCGUCCGUCAAAGUUUCCUUAAUUUUUUUAUAUAUAUUUUUCUUAUUGUGGGUAACUUUUCCAGCGAAGCUUUCGAUUAAGGAGGAAAUACCGUUAUUAUAAAGUCGACGUAGAAGAGGAAGAGAUCUAAGGGCAACCUCGACCAUGGGCAAUAUACACACAACGGGUCCCAAUGAGGCGUUAAUUGUUUCAGGUGGCUGCUGCGGUUCAACCAAGAAGCGGACAAUUGUGGGCGGCUGGGCGUGGGCGUGGUGGCUGGUGACCGAUGUCCAGCGGCUGUCCCUGAACGUGAUGACCCUGAAUCCGAUGUGCGAGAACGUGGAGACCGCCCAGGGUGUGCCCCUGACCGUGACGGGCGUGGCUCAGUGCAAGAUCAUGAAGUCAUCUUCGUAUAAAAAUAACGAUUAUCAGAAUGACGAGGCCGACGAACUUCUGGGAACUGCCAGCGAGCAAUUCCUGGGCAAGAGCGUUAAGGAGAUCAAGCAGACGAUCCUGCAGACCCUCGAAGGACACCUGCGCGCCAUAUUGGGAACGCUUACAGUCGAAGAGGUGUACAAGGACCGCGACCAAUUCGCCGCCUUGGUGCGCGAAGUGGCCGCACCUGACGUGGGCCGCAUGGGCAUCGAGAUCCUCUCGUUCACCAUCAAGGACGUCUACGAUGAUGUCCAGUACCUGGCCUCCCUGGGCAAGGCCCAGACGGCGGUGGUCAAGCGCGAUGCCGAUGCUGGUGUGGCGGAGGCCAAUCGGGAUGCCGGUAUCCGUGAGGCCGAGUGCGAGAAGAGCGCCAUGGAUGUCAAGUACUCCACGGAUACCAAAAUCGAGGACAAUACUCGAAUGUACAAGCUGCAGAAGGCCAAUUUCGAUCAGGAGAUCAAUACGGCCAAGGCCGAGUCCCAGCUGGCGUAUGAACUGCAGGCGGCCAAGAUCCGGCAGAAGAUCCGUAACGAGGAGAUCCAGAUCGAGGUGGUGGAGCGACGCAAGCAGAUCGAAAUCGAGUCCCAGGAAGUGCAGCGCAAGGAUCGGGAACUGACCGGAACCGUGAAACUGCCCGCCGAGGCGGAGGCCUUCCGUCUCCAGACCCUGGCCCAGGCCAAGCAAUGCCAGACCAUUGAGAGUGCCCGUGCCGAGGCGGAACGCAUCCGAAAGAUCGGAGCAGCAGAGGCCCAUGCCAUCGAGCUGGUGGGCAAGGCGGAGGCCGAAAGGAUGCGGAUGAAGGCCAAUGUCUACAAGCAGUACGGCGAUGCAGCCAUCAUGAACAUAGUCCUGGAGUCACUACCAAAGAUUGCCGCUGAGGUGGCUGCUCCGCUGGCCAAGACCGAGGAGAUCGUCCUGAUUGGCGGCAACGAUAAUGUCACCAACGAUGUGACCCGUUUGGUGGCCCAGCUACCGCCCUCGAUCAACGCCCUGACCGGUGUGGAUCUGUCCAAGGUCCUGUCCAAGAUACCCGGGGCCAAGGCGUGAAACCUAAUGGAAUGGGACAUCCAGCAAAUGGCAAUGACAACGUAACGCAUCGCGCAAUGGAAUUGUAAACGAUAGGACGGACUAGGAAGCUAAAUCUAAAGGAAGAAAAGGAUCAAAAAUCGGGAUAAAGAUGGAGACUGGAUGGCUGGAAGGGUGGAUGCAGGUGGCAUUUGUAGAUUAGAACGAGAACUCGGAAAAAUGGAAACUGGAUAAGGAUAAAAGAAAAGUCAAACUCACAGAACAACACGAAAAAUCGAGAAAAAUCAAUCGAACGUAGCAAAAUGUACUCCGAUAUUAUAUUUAUAUGUAUAUGUAUAACUGUAUAUGUAUUUGUAUAUGUAUAUGUAUAUGUAUAUGCACACACACACACAUAUACGUACACCAGCCAGUGCUAGUGUCCUUUCUCAGCCUGUUUGUGUGCGUGUGUGUGUGAUGUACGAACCGUGUAACAAUCAAAAAAAAAUCUAAAAACUACAAAAAAAAAACACAAAAAAAUGAACGCGAAACCAACGUUAAUCUCAGCUAAAGUUAAAUAUGCAUUUCGUACGCAGCAUUUGGUGGCCUUUUCUCGCAAAAAAAAAAACAAACAAAACAUACAAAAGAUAUCGUCAAAUUUGUAAAACUUUAAUGUCAACAAAAAAAGGCAAAGUUUUAACAAUUUAUUUACUAAACUACUAUAUAUUAUUCACCUGCAUCUAGACACACAAACACAUACACAAACACGUACACUGAGAGUUCUUAAUUUGUAACAACAUGCCACACCGUGUGGCACGCAUCCUGCUGGUCCUUCUCUAUCUCUUUGUUACCACACUGCUAACUGAAUUUUUUCAAACUCCAAACUACAACUACUGCCUAUAUUUUAAUUUCAUGAAAGCCAAAGAGAAAGAGAGGGGCUAUCAAUAAUUAAUCGAGAUUUAGUCUAAAGUCUAAACAAAAGCCAAAAAAAAGGAUCAUUUCUUAAGGACUAGGCACCUAUCUCUUUGAAAAUCUCUCCAAAAUUGUUUCAUUCAUGUGCCAUUUUUACAAAAAAAAAAAUUGACAAUUCUAGACACACUUUUUCUCGAUCGAUUGUUGCAACUCUAUGGGAUCGUGCCACACCAUACGCUCUUCCAUUACCCACACUCACACACACACACACUCAACAACAACUAACACACUUACAAAAAUCAGAUAUUUAUUUUCGAUAAAUUAUAUACAUAUUUCUUUGUUAAAAUUCGGCGAGAUCCUAAGUAAUUAUCCAAUUUUAUAUAUAUAUCUCGUCUAUAGAAUAUAUAUCCUGUCCUUUAGAAUCCACAAUUUAUAUUUUUUUGUAGUGUGUUUGUAAGCAUUUAAAAAUGAAAAACUCUUUUUGGUUGAUAGUGUAAACAACUAAGCAUACAAAAGAAUAUUUUUGUUAUUUAUUUAUAUAACACUUAACUGGAAUUUAGUUAAAGCAAUUUUUCGAGUCUUUCAGUCCCAGUUCAUUCUUAUAUAUAUUUUUUUUGCUAGAGUAAUUAACCAUUAUUUCUUUAAGUGCACAUCACAAGAGCUGAUCCUUGAAAACAGAAUACACACCAUCCCACACACCCAUUAGACAGACACACCAAACACGAGACACUCUCAUAAAAAUAUUUUUUUCUAUUGUAUAUUAAGUGCAAGUAAUUUACAAAACAAAGGUCAACAACAACAAGAAACCGAAGGAAAACUAACCAAAAUGCUAAACCUAAAUCAAAUCUAAAAUUUUGUGUAUUUUGUCGUAAAUAAAUAAAUUUAAAAAUAA